GAAAUAUAUGUGCACAUUGUACCUGCAACAGCCUGCAAAAACAGUAAGGUCAUCAGGCGUUUAUUACUGAAAGAAACAUUGUGAUAAUGAGUGGCUUGCGGCGAGAACUAGUUGCAGACGUUAUCAACAUGAAUGGAGAUGUUUCUCAGGAAUCUAUGUACAUCGAAGAAAACACUUUCAAGAGCAGUGCAAUCUCCUUGAUCUUCUCUCUCAAGGAAGAAGUUGGAGCUUUGGCUAAAGUUCUACGCAUUUUUGAGGAAAAAGGGAUAAACCUGACACAUAUUGAGUCCAGACCUUCCCGACUCAACAAAGAUGAAUAUGAAUUUUUCAUAAACCUGGACAGCAGAAAUCUCUCUGCUCUGGAGGACAUUGUCAGGGCUUUGAGAGAUGAGAUUGGGGCCAAUGUGCAUGAGCUUUCACGAGCAAAGAAGAAGGAUGCUGUUCCAUGGUUCCCAAGGACUAUUCAAGAGCUGGACAGAUUUGCCAACCAGAUUCUCAGCUAUGGAGCAGAGCUGGAUGCUGAUCACCCAGGUUUCAAAGAUCCUGUUUACCGAACCAGAAGAAAGGAAUUUGCAGAUAUAGCCUACAACUACAGACAUGGACAGCCUAUCCCCAGAGUGACUUACACGGAGGAAGAGAAGAAAACAUGGGGUGUAGUCUUCAAAGAGCUGAAGAGCCUCUAUCCCACCCAUGCCUGCUAUGAACACAACCACAUCUUCCCUCUCUUGGAAAAAUACUGUGGUUACCAAGAAGAUAACAUUCCCCAGUUGGAAGAUGUCUCAAAUUUCUUGAAAAGCUGCACUGGAUUUCGCUUACGUCCUGUGGCUGGACUCCUGUCAUCUCGGGAUUUUUUGGCUGGCUUGGCUUUCAGAGUGUUUCAUUCUACGCAAUAUAUUCGCCAUUCGUCAAGACCAAUGUACACCCCAGAACCAGAUGUUUGCCAUGAGCUCCUAGGACAUGUCCCUCUGUUUGCUGAUCCAAGUUUUGCUCAGUUUUCCCAAGAAAUUGGGCUGGCUUCCCUAGGAGCACCAGAUGAAUUCAUCGAGAAACUUGCUACGGUUUACUGGUUUACUGUGGAAUUUGGACUAUGUAAAGAAGGCAAUGAUAUAAAGGCUUAUGGGGCUGGGCUGUUGUCAUCAUUUGGUGAAUUGCAGUACAGUUUAUCAGACAAACCUGCCAUUGAACCUCUCAACCUGGAGAAGACAGCAAUCCAGAAAUACCCGGUCACUGAAUUCCAGCCCAUUUACUACAUUGCUGAAAGUUUUAAAGAUGCAAAGCAAAAGUUAAGGAAAUAUGCUUCCACAAUUCCCCGUCCAUUCUCAGUCCGUUACAACCCUUAUACCCAAAGGAUUGAGGUCCUGGACAAUGCAAAACAGCUGAAGAAUUUAGCCGAUUCCAUCAGCAAUGAAUUGGGACUUCUUUGCAAUGCUCUCCAGAAAAUAUAAUGAAGAUGCCAUCACUUCUAACAACACAUCUGGUGGCUCUGAGGGCUUUGUGGCAGAAGAAUGCAUUGAAACAAAUAUCAGCCAUUUAGAAAAAAAAUCAGGGCAUGAAUCAUUAACAUUGAUGUAAUCAAUAUUACAUAUCAUGUUGUACUGUAAUUACUCUUUGCAAUCCAUUAUAAAAAACAGAUGACAUUGUCUAUAGGCAAACAAUUAUAAAAAACGCUUUGCAGUCUGAUGCAUGAUUACCUAUAACACAGAAAUUCAUUGCCGUGAACAAGACAAUUCAUGACUCCUGUUGUCAGUUGCAUACUUUCUAGAUCUUAGAAUAUGCCACAGGUAAUGGACAGGGAACUCAGUCUUCUAUAAGAAAUUUUUUUCCAGAAGGCUUGGCAGUAGAGACUUUCAAAUCAAGGAUUACCAAGUUCCUUGGAAAAAGUAAUGCUUGAUCAAGCAUCCUCCUCAGAGGUAGCCAAUUUGCUUUAUCUCUUUAUGAUUUAAGAAAAAAGAUCAGUAAAUCUGUAGGGUAAGAAUAUUCAUAUGGUUAUGAUUUCAUUCAAAGGAAGAGUACCAAAGUUUGGAUGUAUACCCCACAUUUUCUCAACUGUAAGGAGUCUCAAAACAGCUUACAAACUCCUUCCCUUCCUCUCCCCACUACAGACACCUUGCGAGGUAGGUGGGAGUGAGAGAGGCCUGAGAGAACUAAGAAAAGAGGAAUGGAUAGAAAGAUGUGAAGAGUUAUAUUCUUGUAGAAAAUCCAAAAAGAGACAACAAAAUCAUAUUUUGCCUGAUCAAAGUGGAAAUGUUUGAUGAUUUCAUGCUUGUAGUGAAAGACUUUGGCUUGGUAGCAGAGACUUUGAAAUCAAGGAUGAAGAUUCUGGAGGGCAACCAACUACAAAGAUGGAAGGUUUGGGAUGUUCUUCUUAUGUAUGCAAAUUUACCAGGGUGAUAUUGGUGGAGGCCUGCUAUCUUGGCACAGCUAGGAUCCUCAGCGGUGAUGACCAUACUUAGGACCCUAACUGCCCAUUUGAUAGACUUUUUAUUGUAUUUUUAAUUGAUGAAGCCAUGGUAUCCAAAAUCUGAUUGGUACCCAAGAUCUAAACUGUAAUAGGAUAAGCUCAGUUCUCCUGAAUUAGAGGGGGGCAUCUGAAGGUGCACAGGAAAUGUGUUGGAAAGGGUAACUGAGACAGUUGUGGCUGUGGGUGAUUGAAUUAGAAAGGAGAGGUGAGCAAUCUUGGCUUAGAUCUGUGGACUAUAGCCAAAAGAUAGGUUCGUAGCUAGUUUUAGCAUUGGGUUCAUAACUAGGUUUAUUGAAUCAUAUGAGAGAAGGAUUGUGAGGUAGAUUUCCAGUGGUUUGGUGGUGGUUCUACAAAGUUGGGUCAGCACUUAUGGCAAAAAAGUGUGGAGUGCUCUGGAGGUUCCUAUAAAGGACUUCACUCCUGUUCUCUUGGAUUAUUCAGGCAAUUGGCUACUCCCUGCUGAAAAAACCUAGGGAGUUCCAACCUUUGCUUUGAAAUACCCUGUUCUAAUAUCAAGCAGAUGUAUUUCCCUGCACCCAAAGCAUCUAAAGGCCAAAGGAUCUGGGGGUAUAAAUUAAAUGGUUCUGGGAAACAUGCAACUUGAAAGGCUUACAUGUCCAAACUGCAGCUUCAUAAUAUAGUCCUAUGCCGGUACUGUUCCUGUCUGAUGCCCAGUCUGGACUGCUGUGCUGUAGCACUUGGUACAGUCUAGAGGUCUUCUGUAUGUUAUUUGUGUAUCAGAGAGAUCAUGUUAGUUUGAUGCAACAAAUGUAAACAAGACUGUGUAUCACUUUAAGGACUAACUUCAUUUUAUUGAUAUAACUUUUAGUGAACUAGAGCUCCCUUCUUUAGAGAAAAAUGAGGGGAUCUUCAUUAGGAAGUCAUUGCAUUACUUCAUGUGGAUUCACUCAUAGCAUCUGACCAAAUGGGCUGCAGUGCAUAAAAGCUUGUACUAAAAUAAAACUCUGUUAGCUUUUAAGGUGCCACAAUAUUUUCUAGUAUUUGUAUUUAUAAGCAAUGCUGCAAUCUCUUAACUGUAUAUAUACAUUGUAUGGUAAUUAGAAAUGCUGUCUUAAAUCAGGGGUUUAAAACUUUAUUGCCUUUUUUGAUCUAUCCUCAGUCUCUGUCUUUCAAAAUACACAUACUUAGAUGCAAGCACCAUUAAAAUCAAGGAGACUCUUGCCUGCAUAAACAGAAAGGUUUUGUGCAAUAUUAAAUGCAACAAUAACUUAAAUGCUUUAUUAAAAUACAGGCUAAUUUACAGAAUUUUCUUUAAAUAAUUUUCUUUAAAUAAAAUGUAAAAGCUAUAUGUUAUGUAAACAACCUGCAUUGAUUUAACAACUCUGUAGAUCCUGUUUAUUAUUAAUGAAUACCAUACAGUAACCCCCACACAACAUCUAAAAUCCAUGACUUUUGUAAUCUGCUUUUAAAGUUUUUUUUUUAAAGGGGGACUCAUGACAAAGUUCCUUUUUCAAAAACAGGGUGAAGGUUGCUUUAUUGUCUCUUGGGAUUUAAAAACAAAUCCCCAGAUAUUCUGUGGCAGUUUGCAAUCAGUGCUUUGAAGUGGAAAGGUCAGUUUGUUGUUUUUGAAACUGUGAUUUGCGCACAGAAUUUGAAAGGAAUAAUUGUAACUAUGGAGGUGAAUCACACAAAGGCUGAAAGGAACUGUGCUCAAAAUUUGUUUAUAAAUGUCUAAUGCCUUAGGAUGUGUGUAGACCAUUCAUUGCAUGCUAGUCAACCUUUAUGAUACUGAUUUGCAGAGAAAUGUAUUAAAAUGAUCUGUCCAAAGCAUACCAACUCAGAAA